UGCCCUUUGCGAAAGAAAUUGCAAACGAAAGUCAUCAUCAUCACAUAAAAAUCGCAAAUUGCUGUCCUUCAUUCCUUCAAGUGUCUUUAAUUUAAGCAAAAAACCCGUCAAAAAGCCUCGUCUCUCACAAAAAUGAGUUUUGCCUGGACAAAAGCGCAAAAACUCGCGACAAUCGCAACCGGUGUGUUUUCGGGCUUUGCCACCUACUACAUCGUCGAUCAACGACAAAUUCGUGCCCAUGCUUCGUGGACGACAAAUUGGAAGCCCUCGGAUUGCGGCAAAUGGGACGACAACUGGGACCAUCGCGAUCCCAAAAGUCUCGUAAAACCGCUGAAGGAGAAUGCCGACGCCGAGGCCCAAAAGCAUUACGAGGAAAAAUUGGCAAAACUGAAACCGAAAGCUGUUCGUCACAUCAUCAUGAUUCGACACGGGCAGUAUUACUUGAAUGGCAAAACGGAUGCCGAACGGGUUUUGUCCCCAAUGGGGAAGGAACAGGCGACUUUUACGGGCGCCCGUUUGAACAGCUUGACAAUUCCGUGGGAUUCGAUGAUUAUGAGUACAAUGACGAGGGCACAGCAGACCGGGGAGUUGAUUGCGAAGGAGUUGGGACAAAAUAUCCCGAUCGAGCAUUGUUCCUUGAUUGAAGAAGGGGCACCGAUUCCGCCUGAACCUGCUGUUGGGCAUUGGAGACCCGAACCUCAGCAGUUUUUCCAAGAUGGCGCCCGUAUCGAAGCCGCCUUCAGGAAAUAUUUCCAUCGAGCAGAGCCCGAACAGCAAGUCGAUAGUUACACUUUGAUGGUGUGCCAUGCAAAUGUCAUCCGGUAUUUCGUGUGUCGCGCUUUGCAAUUUCCGCCCGAAGCUUGGCUCAGAUUAUCUUUAAAUCACGCCUCCAUUACUUGGGUCUCCAUCACAGCGACAGGUCGCGUAAUUUUACGAACGUUUGGCGACUCGGGACACAUUCCGCCUGCCUUUGUCUCAUCCAGCAAUGUAAAUAAAUAAGCUACAGGAACAAAAAAAAAGUACAGAAACUGUGAAAAAAUUAAUGAAAUAAAAAAAAUA